UCUUGUCCGCGAUUUUAGGUUUAGUGAUAAAUUACUGCUGUUGCCUGGAAUGUUAUCGUCUAGACCAUUUGUUCCGAAAAAAUCUACUAUAACAUCAGAAUAUACAAUCACAAAUAAUGUACUUGGCUUGGGAAUCACAGGAAAGGUGAUGCAAUGUAUUCAUAACGAGACAGGAGUCCAUUAUGCUUUAAAGAUACUUGAGGACAAUCAAAAGUCAAGAAGAGAGGCUGAAAUUCAUUGGAGGGUCUCAGACUGUCCUCAUAUCGUGAAGGUCGUAGAUGUGUUUGAAAACACAAACCAGAACACUAAAAAGAACUAUCUUUUAAUGGUAAUGGAAUAUAUGAGGGGUGGUGAACUAUUUAAUAAAAUUAAAGAAUGUGAAAAUUUUACGGAAAGCGAAGCUGCAAAAAUAGUGUAUCAAAUAUCCUCUGCAAUUGCUUAUCUUCAUGAAAGAAAUAUAGCACACCGUGACCUAAAACCGGAAAAUUUGCUUUACACGUCUAACGAGAAUGGUGCCAUCCUAAAACUUACAGACUUUGGGUUUGCGAAAGAAGUUGUCACUAAAAAGUCUCUUCAAACACCAUGUUACACUCCUUACUAUGUCCCACCAGAGAUCCUUAAUUUCGAACGAUAUGACAAGUCCUGUGAUAUCUGGUCCCUAGGGAUAAUAACCUAUAUUUUGCUCUCAGGUUGUCCGCCAUUUUUUAGUCAGAAUGGCCAACCCAUAUCUCCUGGUAUGAAAUCAAAGAUUCGAGCUGGAAAAUACGACUUUCCUGAUGCACAAUGGAAAUACGUUUCAAAAAGUGCUAAAGAUCUAAUCAAAAGCCUAUUACUCACAGAGCCAGAUCGUAGACCUACAAUCAGAGAAGUGAUGAACAACCAUUGGGUGGCUCAGCAUAAUGAUGUGCCUAACACACCUCUUGGAACUAGUGUGUUUUUCACUACAAAAGCAUGGGAUCAGUUUCGAGAAAUGUUUCGUGAAAGUCUUCAGACAAAGCGUAAAGAAAACUCCAAUGUCCCUACUUUGAUGACUUUAGAUGCUUCCAAAAAUCCUUUAUUAAUUAAACGUAAAAUUAAUCAAAAAUCUAAUCCUGAAAAUAAUUCUCAUAAAGUACUAUAGUAGUCGGUAUCAUCAUCAACAAAAAUUUUGUUAAUAAUAUUAUCUCAAUUAUUGUUUAUUUUCACAUAAUUGUUAAAUUUUUUUCUUGACUUACGUGUAUUUUUGUAUUCAUACUGAUGAUAAAUCAUACUGAAUUUUGUAUACACAAUUUCUAAAACCGUAUUUGUAUAACAUUAUAUAAUAGUACUUUGUAAAGGUAAUAUUCUUCACUAUUGAACUACUUUGCUCAUGACAUUGUUAUUUUACUUCAAAGCAUGAAGUCAAUUCUCUCGUUGUACAAAAAUGUAACAUAUACAUAUAAAUAUGCCUUUUAGAAUGUAUUUUAUGUAUGUAAUGCCAAUAUUCAUAAUAAGUAAAUAGAUAAUGACCUUUGUUUUUAAUAUGCUUGGUAGUUUGUUAAAUUAGUUUGAAGGUGUUGUAUUUUGUCG